GAAGUUCGCCGUGACGUCACGGAUUGAUCACGUGACUUACUGGUGGGCACAUAAAAUGGAUGAUUGAAAAUCGCAAGUCAAUCGAUGUUUACCGUUAAUUAGCCAUGGUAGCUUCAUGUUGUGUUAUCGGGUGUACAAACAGAUUUGACAAGGACAAUCCCAAAAGUUUUUACCGCAUUCCAAAGAAGCCAGAGUCGCGCAAAAAGCUCUGGAUUUCAGCAAUCAGACGAGAUCAGUGGGAACCAAGGGAAAAUGACCGUGUUUGUUUUCGACAUUUCAUAUCUGGUGUGAAGAGUAAUGACGAGAACAACCCAGACUAUGUGCCAUCAGUUGACAUGGGGUAUCAAAAGUACAAAGCAAGUGGUGACCAGCGAUACGCCCGGUUUCAAAGAGUGGAACAAAGACAAGCAGACAAAGAGAAAGUCCAAGUGGCUUCAGUAUUGCUUGACCUUAGUAAUGCAGAGAAUAUCCCAGAACCUGAAUCAGUGCAGUCAGACAACAACCAACACGAUGCUUGCAUCAACAAGAUUGCCACAUUGAGAAUUGAAAAUGAACAACUGUAUGCUGAAUUAGGUCGCCUUCAAACAGAAAACACCACCUUAAAGGCAAACAUCAGUCAGCUAAAUUUUGAAAACCUUGUUACUGCCAGUGAUCGUAAAAUACAGUUUUACACCGGUGUACAUUCUAAAGCUCUAUUUAUGUGGUUGUUGUCAUUUUGUUCCUGUAUAUUGCCAUCAUGUAAAGUAAUGUCACCAACGAGUGUUCUGCUAUGCCUAUUAAUGAAGUUGAGACUCAACCUUCAACAUGAAGAUCUUGCCUAUCGCUUCGGUGUCUCCAAAACAACAAUAUCAGACAUUCUCAACCUAGGACUUCCAAAAUUAGCCAGCAAACUGUCCUUUCUGAUUCAAUGGCCUGAUAAGGAAUAUCUAUUAAGUAAUAUGCCAUCUGUUUUUAAACAAUCUUACCGAAGGUGCUCCAGUAUCAUAGACUGUUUUGAAGUUUUCAUUCAGCGACCAGGCCAAUUAACUGCUAGAGCUCAGACCUGGUCCAACUACAAGCACAACAACACCAUUAAAUUUUUAGUGUCAAUAACACCAACAGGAGCUAUUUCAUUUGUAUCAAAGGCAUUUGGUGGUAGGACAUCCGACAAGGUUAUUACGCAACGCAGUGGUUAUUUGGACAAAAUUCAGCAUGGAGAUCAGGUGUUGGCUGAUCGUGGGUUUUUGAUAUCAGAAGAACUUGCCAACAAAAGUGCAACACUAGUUAUACCAGCAUUCACAAGAGGAAAAAAACAACUAAGUGCCAAAGAAGUAGAACAGACCCGUAAAAUAGCGCAUGUCAGAAUCCAUGUUGAGAGAGCAAUCCAGAGAUUAAAAAACUUUAACAUUCUUAGUUCAAACAUGAGUAUGUGUAUGGUUCCUCAUUCCGAUAGCAUUGUUACCAUUUGUUCAGCAAUUUGUAAUCUCCAACCAAAACUUGUGUCUUAAAAAACUCUUUUAAAGACUUGUGUAUAUAGUUAUUUGAUAAUAGAAAGUUUCUUAUUUCAAAUUCAACAGUCUGUAAUGAAUAUAAAAAUGUGUUUCAAAAUAAUUUAUUUCACACAAUGAUGUAUUACAAAAUAAUUUAUGUCAUACAAUGUACAAGUCUAUGGUUUUCAAACAUGAGCAGAAUAAUUUUCAUUAAUGAUGCAUUAACAAGGACUUCUGUUUAUUCCACAUGAACGAAAAAGCCAGUUACAAAAUAUAUAUAUGAAAAUGUACAUGUAUAUUAACAGAUAAAAUAAUAUAUACAACUAUUCUUUUUAAAUUCAAAAAGUUUGAGCAAAAUUGUUUCCAAAUUUUCUUUAUUAUAGAUAAAUAUCUUGUUAAGUUUUCAUUUUUCAAUCAGUCUUACAUUUAUUAGUGUGCAUUCCAGCUAUUGAUAAUGCAAUUUUUAAUUGUAACAUGUACAUGUAUGUCUAUUUUUAUCAAUACAUAUAUAUAUAUUGCAUAAAUACAAGAUGUUGAUUGAAAAUGUUUUGCAAUGUCUAUGUAUUAAUAAAGUAAUUCAACUGGUA